AUGCAAGAGUUCCCUGGAGGGCAGAGUCCUGCCUGUGAGCGGGGAGGCGGGCCCAGAGCCAUGCGAGGCGGGGGAGACAUGGCAGCAGGAGCCGGGGCCAAGGGCGUCCUGCGGGCCGAGCUCCGCCGCCGCCUGCAAGCCUUGGGCCAAAGCGAGAAGCUCCGCCAGUCGCGGCUCCUGGGACACAAGCCCCAGAGCAACCACAUGGACAUGGUCAAGUUGGCUUCCUACGAGGAAAUUGCCUCUCUCCCCUUGACAUCCUGGAACAUCCAUCAACCUGCCGAAAACGAUGGCCGGGAAGAAGCCUUGGCUGCUCCAGAGGGUCUUGAUCUCAUCCUUAUGCCAGGACUUGGUUUUGACAAACAUGGCAACCGACUGGGAAGAGGAAAGGGGUACUAUGACGCCUACCUGAGCAGGUGUAUGCAGCACCCCAAAGGAAAGCCGUACACAAUUGCCUUAGCUUUCAAAGAACAAAUGUGCGAAGCCAUCCCCACAUCCGAAUAUGACGUGAAAGUUGAUGAAAUCCUGUACGAAGAAAGUAAAUGCUGAUCACUUCAAUAAAUGCCAUAGAUGAACACA